UAGGCUCGUGCACCAGCCAGCUUCGCCACGUGGCUGCGCUGUUCACUUUUGGCGAAGCGGCUGGGCAAAUCCCCAACGUUUUAGAGGGUCACGCUUUUUGUGACAUCGAACUUAGAAAAAUUUCGCAUCCUCUCUGCCAGCUUUCGUGCUUGUCCUCCCUCCCUCCCUCAUAGUGAAUUCUAGGUUGAUUAUUUUGAUUAUGCCUUACCUUCUUAUCACUUCAUGCCCAUUUUCUGUCUUAUUUUCUUUCCAAAGCGCGGAACCACUCUACCCAUAUAUGAUGUCGUCAUCCUUCCAUCGGAAUCCAUCCCCUCCUGCAUGGACUGAACAGCAGUGCAAAAGAGACAUUCAAAAAUUGCAUUUCGGAGCACUAAAGCAAGAAAUUAUCAAAGGAAUAAUACUUCCCGGGUUUUAAACGAGGAUGAGAGAGACCUAGAGGCCAUCGGAGGCAGGCUGCAAGGAAAAAUCAGCAGAAUUUUUUCCAAGUCCCAAGUCACA